AUGUUCGCUAAAACUCUAACCCUUUGCCUUUUGGCAUCUGCUGGCCUCGUCAGCGCGACUCCAACUCAUGUUCUCCUACACAACCGCCAAGCUCAACGUCAAGGUGGAGGACAAGGUGGUGGACAGAAUGGUGGGCAAAACGGAGGUCAAAAUGGUGGUCAAGGUGGAGGUCAAGGCCAAGGAGCAACCGGAACAACCCUCCAAGCAGCUGCGAUCCAGUCUGGGUCUUUCACAGAUGGGUCUGUAAAUGGCGCUCUCAAAGAUGGACAAUCGGCCUCUAAAACUUCCCAAAACAACUUCAUUAAUAACUGCGUGGGAAAGACGCUCACCAAUGGUCUCCAAGUCCAAGAGGGGUCUUGUAAUGGAAUUCCAAUGGGUGAUAUUCCAGCCAAAGCCAACAUGAUCUCUUCGGUAAUCACCUUCCCUCAAACUGGAGGCGAUGCGCCUGCAGCAGACACCACUUUUGAUAUUUCCGUACAAGUGAACAACUUGGUUGCAGGAUCUUUCACCAAUGCUGCCUCUACUUAUUACGCCGCCCCACAGGCUCUCCAAGGCGGAAAGGUCGUCGGUCAUACUCACGUUACAGUUCAGGACCUGGGCAAUUCUCUCAACCCCACUAAGCCAUUGGACGCAACGCAAUUUGCCUUCUUUAAGGGUAUCAACGACAACGGAAAUGGAAACGGUCUUCUCAAAGCUACUGUCACCGGCGGACUUCCAGCUGGAAACUACCGGGUGUGCACCAUGACAUCUGCUUCCAACCAUCAACCCGUACUUAUGCCUGUUGCCCAACGUGGAACUCCAGAUGAUUGCACCAAAUUCACUAUCGGUGGUGGCGGCGGUAACAACAACGCUGGCAAUGGAGCCAACGCUGGUAAUGGAGCCAAUGCUGGUAACAACAAUGCUGGUAAUGGAGCCAACGCUGGUAACAACAACGCCGGUAACGGAGCAAACGCUGGUAAUGGAGCAACAGCUGGUGGCAAUGGGGGCAAUUCUGGAAACGGAGCCAAUGCUGGUAAUGGAAAUGCCGCGGGCGCAGGAACCGCAGCUUCAAGCAGUUCUGCUGCCGCUCCUGCCUCAACCUCCGCGGCUGCAGCUGGUGGUAACAACAACGGUGGAGGCGGUCGCGGAAAUGGAGGUGGUGGCCGUGGAAAUGGAAACGGAGGUGGCCGUGGAAACGGAGGAGGUCGUGGAAAUGGAGGCGGCCGCGGCAACGGAACUGCCACUGCUUCAAGCGCUGCCCAGGCUGAUCAAGCAUCUGCCACUGCCGUAGCUGGUAACAACAACGCUGUUACAGCUUCUGCCUCUCCAGCUGCCGCUACCUCUGCUGUAGUAUCAUCUUCAGCCGCCCCAGCUGCUACAAGCGCCGCAGCAGGAAACGGAAAUGCUGCUGGUGCCGCCGGGGCCGUUGGAGGAAUCGCAGCUCCAGCCGUUCAACAAUCCGGUAACAAGGACCGUCCAUUUGAGGUCAACGGCAACACCUUCGUCAACGAGGCUGCUGCCAAACAACGAGCUUGCGAUAUUCAGAACAAUGCCUGCAUGAAUGCCUUCAAUGGAGGUAACAAAGCCAUCACCCCUCAAGCGUGUUCUGCCCAACAAACUGCUUGCAACGCCGCGUAG